AUGUUUAUUUAUCGAUCCCUCCAAGUGGGUUAUCAUGGGGAGGCUGGACCGCAGGGAGACAGAGGACGUAAAGGAGACAAGGGAAAUAAAGGGGUCAGAGGCAUCAUCGGUAUCCCUGGUUACAUCGGUAUUCCCGGAGCCAGGGGUCCUUCAGGAUUUCUGGGACGAUCAGGACUUCUGGGAGGGGUCGGAGCUCAAGGCUUUGGGGGACCACCAGGCCCUCCUGGACUGAUGGGCCCCAGAGGAAUAAAAGGCAUGCUGGGUGUUAAAGGACCUCCGGUGAGUACACACCUGUCUGAUGGAUCCAAACGGACCGAUAAACAGAAACUAAAUGUAAUGUGUUGUAGGGUCAUCAGGGGGAGCUGGGUCCCAGGGGAGCAGCUGGACCACAGGGAGAGUCUGGUCCUGAUGGGGCGGUGGGGCCUCCCAGUGUCCGUGGCCCUCAGGGGAAACCAGGUCCAGGUGGCCCUGCUGGUCCUAAAGGAGACCCUGGAGCCAAUGGGAAUCCAGGAAAGCCUGGAUCCUCAGGUGAUCCCGGAGAUCGAGGGCCGAGCGGUGUUCAAGGAGUGUCGGGACCCCGAGGCGACAAGGGUCGGGAAGGACGAGAGGGAUUCUCUGGAUUCCCAGGUCCCAUUGGAGAGAUGGGGAAAUCUGGAGAGAGAGGACGUGAAGGAGAGCCUGGGAAAGCUGGGCGUCUCCGGAGCGCCUGGAGCUAAAGGCUUAAAGGGAUUUCACGGUCAUCUAGGAAACAGAGGACAGGAUGGACCCCCCGGAGUUCUGGGAACCGUCGGUGCAGAUGGACUGAGAGGGGACACUGGACCUCCAGGACCAAAAGGAUCACCUGGGAAGAUAGGACUUCAUGGACUUCAAGGACCUGUAGGGAACAGUGGAGAAGCUGGCAGCAGAGGGGCCAAGGGGACACUGGGAAGGCCAGGAGUGAGAGGGGUGAAGGGUAAAGACGGACCAGCUGGGCUUCCAGGAAGUGAAGGCUCCAAGGGUAAGAGAGGCAAGGAGGGACCAAUGGGGAAACCAGGCCGCCCACGUGAGGCAGGCAUGCUUGGACCUCGGGGAUACGGAGGAUCUGCUGGAAUCCAGGGAAACAUCGGACCAUGGGGGGAGGUUGGGCCCCGUGGCCCCUCUGGUGAGCGGGGGCCACAAGGUCCAGUUGGCCUGCCUGGAGUGACAGGUUACCCAGGUAAAGAUGGGCCUCAGGGACCGACUGGAUCUGUAGGUGUCAAAGGAGACAAGGGACCUAAAGGAGUUCUGGGGCAGGAGGGAGUUGCUGGUCUCGAUGGGUCCAGUAGGAAUAAAGGGACCCGUGGGGCCAGCUGGACUAAAAGGCUUAUCUGGGGAUAAUGGAAACACCGGGCCUCCGGGACAGAGAGGGCCAAAGGGAGAUCAAGGUGACAGAGGCAACCGGGGGCCACAGAGAGGAAAGGGGCCACCAGGGAAA